AUGCCAAAGGUUAAAUCACAAAAGUUUGGAUACUCCCAUAAUAGUGCUAAAAAUGUGGGCACUUCGGCAGCAUCAACGUCAACAUCCACCGCAAAGGCCAUGGCCCCUUUAUUCAAAAAAGAAUUGGGUCAACACAUUUUAAAAAAUCCUCUUAUUGCUCAAAACAUUGUUGAAAAGGUUGCGGUAGGUCCGGGGACGGGUAAUCUUACCACGAGAAUUCUUGAACGUGCAAAAAAAGUUGUGGCAGUAGAACUUGAUCCGAGAUUGGCUGCGGAAUUGGCAAAGCGUGUCCAGGGAAAGCCGGAACAACGGCGUUUAGAUAUAAUGGUGGGAGAUGUUAUAAAAACAGGUCUUCCAUAUUUUGAUGUUUGCAUUAGCAACACACCGUAUCAGUUUGCUUUACGCUUAAUUGCCAAACCAGGUGAUAAUUUAUAUUGUCGAUUAAGUGUAAACAUCCAGUUAUACGCAAAAGUAGAUCACAUAAUGAAGAUUGGAAAAAAUAAUUUUAAACCUAUUCCACAAGUUGAUUCAUCUGUGGUUCGAAUCGAACCACGUAAUCCGCCACCACCAAUUGAUUUUAAAGAAUGGGAUGCGAAUUUUGAUAUAAAGGAAAAAGUUAUUAAUAUUCUUAAAUCUGUUGGUUUUGCUGAAUUAAGAGCUGCAAAAAUGGAUGUUGAUGAUUUUCUAAAUAAUCCAGUACCUGGUUUCACGGUUGCCCUGCCUGACGACGGCAACGUGUUUGAAUGGUAA